UCCAAAUAAAUAGGAGUCUCAUUUAAUUUGUUAGUAUUUCCAAAUAAAUAGAAGUUAGUUUAGUAUUCCCCAUAUAAAUAGGAGUGUAUGGGGCAGUAGCUAGGUAUGCUAUUAUUUUCUAUUUUUCAUAUUAGGGUUUGGGCAGUGAGAGAAUUGUUUUCUCUAAUUGAGGAGCAGUAGCUCUGGAACUUCUUUUUUGUUUUCAUAUUCAUUAAUAAAAUAAUUUUCUCCAUUCUAUUCUACCUUUCCUCUGUUCUAUCAAUUGGUCCGACCUACCGGAUUCAUGCAAACCAGAAUGGCAGAGUAAAUUACUGCAGUUGAGGAACGCUUGGGACGUGUGGAAACUAGUAUUGAGGAUUUGCGUACUUUCAUUGCUGUGGAGAUUCAACGGGCGAUGGUGAAUCGUGAAUCACCUCAGUCAAGCGGUACAACGGUUACCUCACCGUUGGAUGAGUUUAGUUUGUCCGCAAAGAAGGUGGAGUUGCCAGCAUUUACCGGCGACGAUCCGGUGGCGUGGUUCACUCGUGCUGAGACAUACUUUGAAGUACAACGAAUCUCUCAGGAUGUUCGUAUUCAGUUGACAAGUUAAGUAUGGAAGGCCUUACUAUCCAUUGGUUUAACCUAUGGCGUGAUUCAACAGAGGAAUUGUCAUGGGAGAACCUCUGUGAAGCAAUGAUGGCGAGAUUUGGAGGAGGGCGUUUGGAGAACCCCUUCGAAGAACUCAAGGAUUUGAAGCAAUCUGAGACGGUGGAGAAUUACAUCGCCGAAUUUGAAUUGUGUUCAUCUCAUUGUGGAAGGUUACCAGAACAACAAUUUCUGGGCUAUUUUAUUGGUGGUUUACGUCACGACAUCCGUUCUCGGGUAAGAACAUUCAAGCCACACAACCGGUAUGUGGCGAUGCAAUUGGCACGUGAUGUGGAACGUGAAUUUGCUGAAAAUUCAGGUCAUGGAUCUGGUUCACGUUACAAACCGGGUCAUGGCUCUUGGACAAAAUCUCAAAAACCUAAUUGGGCUUUUCGCGAAGGGGAAGGAAAGGGAUCUGCAAUUCAGACCCAGACUAAUAACUAUUUGGGCAAAACGCGUACUGGUUCGGGUUCGGGAUCUCAAACCGGGUCAACACGCCCUACUAAUUCUACAGCAUCUUCUCGCCCAAAUUUAGGGGACAAUUUGCGCCGUCAUUCUCGUGGUGUCCGCCAUCUACCAAGUGCAGAGGUUAAUGAGCGUCGUGCGAAAGGACUCUGUUUUCGUUGCAACGAACGAUGGGAUCCUCUCCAUCAAUGUGCAACAAAACAGUUACGAUUGAUUAUCUUGGGGGAUGAUGAAAUUGUCAACGAUGAAGGAGAGAUUAUCGUGUUAGAGGCUGAGUCGGAAGAAGAGCUCACACAAGAGGAAUUAGAAUGUAAAACUAUGGGACUGUUUGGUGUAUCCACUAAUCUAAACCAGGUCCGGAUGAUGAAAUUGGAGGGAUGUUUACAAGGUGCAUCUAUUCUGGUUCUUAUUGACAGUGGAACCACACAUAAUUUCAUAUCCCCUAAGGUGGUGGAAACCCUCGGAUUGCCUAUGGUGCCUUCUAAUCCCUUGGGUGUUAAGUUAGGAGAUGGUCAUCGUGUCCUAACUAGGGGUAGAUGCAAUGGAAUUCAGCUGAACGUGGGAGCGGUGCAGAUUUGUUUUGAUGCUUAUGUACUGGAGUUAGGAGGUGUGGAUUUGAUUUUGGGAGUUGUGUGGCUGGAAACUUUGGGGAAGGUGACCAUGGAUUGGAAAGAAAUGUCUAUGGUGUUCAACCAUAAGGGCAGUAUGGUGAAAUUACUUGGUCAAGCUGUAGAUGAUAUGAUGGCUACAUUCCAAAGCGUUAUCACUCCUUCUCGAAUGAUAGCAGGCUGUGAAUGGCCUACCUUGAUGGAGGUGCUAGGUUCACCGGUGUCACGUGUCUCUGGUCAUCAAACUAAGGAGUUGGGAGGAUUGUUGGAUCGUUUUGUUAUCGUGUUUAAAGAAAUUCAGGGUCUUCCUCCGCCAAGAAACACUAGCCAUUCAAUUCAACUUUUACAUGGUGCUGGUCUGGUAAGUGUGCGGCCUUAUAGAUAUCCUCAUUUACACAAGGAUGAAAUUGAAAAACAAAUUCAGAGCCUAAUGCAACAAGGGGUGGUGAGAAACAGCACCAACGCUUUCUCUAGUCCCGUCAUUUUGGUCAAGAAGAAGGAUCAAUCUUGGCGGAUAUGUGUAGAUUAUCGGGCACUCAACAAGGUAACAAUUCAAGACAAGUACCCUAUUCCUGUUGUAGAUGAAUUGUUAGAUGAGUUACAUGGUUGUAGUUAUUUCUCUAAGCUCGAUCUUAAAUCUGGUUAUCAUCAAAUCCGUAUGAAGAAAGAGGAUAUUCAUAAAACGGCUUUUCGGACUCAUGAGGGUCACUAUGAGUUUUUGGUAAUGCCGUUUGGCCUCACCAAUGCUCCCGCAACCUUUCAAUCGGUGAUGAAUGCAAUUUUCAAGCCUUUUCUAAGGAAGUUUGUCCUGGUUUUUUUUUAUGAUAUCCUUGUAUACAUUAGUAGUUGGGCUGAUCAUUUGCAACACUUGGAGGUGGUUCUUAAUAUUUUGAAGCAGCAUCAGUUUGUGGCAAAUCGGAAGAAAUGUACCUUCGGUCAGCACCAAGUGGAAUAUUUGGGCCAUGUCAUUUCCAAAGCAGGGGUUGUUGUUGAUCCUGCCAAGGUUAGCAGUGUGUUACAAUGGCCGAUUCCUAAGAAUGUUAAAGGAGUGCGAGGGUUUUUGAGGUUAACUGGUUAUUACAGAAAGUUUAUAGCCAACUAUGGAAAAAUUGUUAAACCCUUGACAAAAUUGACAAAGAAGGAUGGUUUUAGCUGAAAU